GGCAAUAACAAAAACAAUUCCACACGUGCAUUAGUUUAUUUAAUUUUUGCAGCAAAAAUGAAGCCAAAAAAUAAGUUGGCUGUGGGAUUGAGCCGGGAGGAGCGCCGAAUUCUUGUUGUUGGCGAAAUCAUUCAAGAGCUGCUCAAAGCCCACGAAGCCAAGAAGGAUGUAAAUCUGAAUCGUAUGAAGUCGCUCAUUUCAUCCAAAUAUGGCUUGGACAGUUCUCCCAGACUUGUUGAUAUAAUAGCAGCUGUACCGCAGGAUGCCAAGAAGAUUUUGUUGCCCAAACUAAGAGCUAAACCAAUAAGGACAGCUAGCGGUAUCGCAGUGGUAGCUGUUAUGUGCAAGCCUCAUCGUUGCCCCCACAUCAAUAUGACGGGAAACAUUUGCGUCUAUUGCCCCGGCGGACCAGACAGUGAUUUCGAAUAUUCUACUCAAUCCUACACCGGUUAUGAGCCCACUUCAAUGCGUGCCAUCCGCGCUCGAUAUGAUCCAUUUCUGCAGACCCGUCAUCGUGUGGAGCAACUAAAACAAUUGGGUCAUUCGGUGGACAAGGUGGAAUUCAUUGUAAUGGGCGGUACAUUCAUGUGUCUUUCAGAGGAAUACCGCGAUUACUUCAUACGAAAUCUUCAUGAUGCCCUAUCUGGUCACAGUAGUGCCAAUGUGGCCGAAGCCGUUCGCUACUCUGAGAAAUCUCGCACCAAAUGCAUCGGCAUUACCAUAGAGACCCGACCAGAUUAUUGCCUAAAGAGACACAUUUCGGACAUGUUGAAUUAUGGAUGUACUCGUCUAGAGAUUGGAGUGCAAUCGGUCUAUGAGGAUGUGGCCAGGGACACAAAUCGCGGACACACCGUCCGAGCUGUCUGCGAAAGUUUUCAACUGGGCAAAGAUGCUGGAUACAAAAUAGUCGCCCACAUGAUGCCCGAUCUUCCGAAUGUGGAUUUUGAACGUGAUAUUGACCAGUUUAUUGAAUAUUUUGAGAAUCCUGCCUUCCGUUCGGAUGGCCUUAAAAUUUAUCCCACAUUGGUGAUCCGUGGAACAGGAUUGUAUGAACUAUGGAGGACAGGUAGAUAUAAGUCAUAUCCCCCAUCAAUGCUGGUCGACCUGGUGGCAAAGAUUUUGGCUCUAGUACCGCCAUGGACGAGGGUCUAUCGGGUACAACGAGACAUUCCGAUGCCCUUGGUAAGCUCUGGUGUGGAGCAUGGAAAUUUACGUGAAUUGGCCCUGGCUCGCAUGAAAGAUCUGGGAACUUCUUGUAGGGAUGUUCGUACGCGCGAGGUGGGCAUCCAGGAGAUCCACAACAAAGUACGUCCCUAUGAAAUUGAGUUGAUACGACGCGAUUAUGUGGCCAAUGGCGGCUGGGAAACAUUUUUAUCCUAUGAAGAUCCCGAACAGGAUAUCUUAGUAGGUUUGCUGAGAUUGCGUAAAUGUUCGCCAGAUACUUUCAGGCCAGAAUUAAAGGCUGUCCCCUGCUCUAUAGUCCGUGAACUUCAUGUCUACGGCUCAGUUGUGCCAGUCAAUUCUCGGGAUCCCACCAAAUUUCAACAUCAGGGCUUUGGCAUGCUUCUGAUGGAGGAGGCUGAGCGUAUAGCACGGGAGGAGCAUUGCAGCCAAAAGUUGGCCGUCAUUUCUGGAGUAGGCACACGCAACUAUUAUCGUAAAAUGGGCUAUGAACUGGAUGGCCCAUAUAUGUCUAAAAGUAUUGUCUAAUUAGAAGCUUUUACUUUUGACAUAUAUCUCGUUUUUAUUAUUCAUAUAUCUACAGAGUUUGCGAUGAAAUGUUAAACUAUAUAUAUGCAUAGAUAUAAUCUAUCAAAAUUAAUGGUCUCGCUUAUUUCGAAAUGUUUUGUGUCAACUUUAAUCAAGUGUCCUUCAUUCUUAUGCCAUGAAGAGCACAACCUUAAUGCAAACUCCUUAUAUAUCCUCUAAGCUUUCCACUUUUAUGGAGUUGUCCGUUUUUUUUUUUUAUAAUCCGAGAUCUAUAUAUGUACAUAUAUAUAAUAUAUCACGCUCUGAUCAUUAGGA